AUGUCUCGUCUGGAAGUGCUGCCGCAGCACAUCCUUCGCGACAUCCUCCGCUACCUGCUACUCUCUGAUCGAGUUCGUGGGCCGCCCAACCGCUAUCUCGUCGAAGACUAUGACUUCCAGGUCGCUGUCCUUCGCACUAACAAGGCUAUCAAUCAGGAAGCUACCAACAUCUUCUACGAGGACAACAAGUGGAUCAAACUUCACAAUGGCUAUGGUACGAUGAUUGAAACUGCUCUGAUCAAUCACGAAACACCUUACUUCAAGCUGAAGAUGGAUGAGUUCGACAAGCAUGUUGCUGAAGUCAAUGUCAAUCCCAGCUUCCACCAGAAGUCGAGGUAUGGUGGCAAGACGACAGUGGGAUUGUUGCUCUUGCAAGACAUGGCCAAAUUUGCUCGCGUUCUACGAAUCCUGGACUUCGCCAACUUCAUGGCUUAUGACUUCAAGUUCGCACUACACAAGCCGCCCGGUACCGUCGGCACUCUGAGCAGGGAGGAUCAAGAGAGGUUGAUCUUACCUAUGGAGAAAGUCAGCGGUGUAGCUUGCCGACAGCAGGUCGCCUUCACCACCUCGUUUGAUGCUGUCCUUGUUGAACGCGUCAAGCAGGCAAUGACUCAGGGAGUUGCAUGGCUACGAGCUGCUGUCGCUGAAGUCUACGAUAUCGCUCUCUCCAUCAAAUGCAUGGGUGACAUGGCAUUCAACAUAGGCAAUGGAGACAUGGCAUUCGCGAAGUGGGACGACACACUCAAGUUCAUCGACAUUACACUGGAGCACAACAACAUGAUGAGUACACGCCUGGAACCCGAUUUCCUAGCUCAACUUCGUGCACUCGAAUGCAUGGUCUGCCUUGAACUAGCGAUGUUCUUCUUCUCGGACAUGGCCAUUGACGGAAUCGGCCGGAAGUACGAGCAUGUACCGAAGAAGGUGGGUUAUGCUGAGGAUGCCAAAUUGUACAACGAGCUCUUGGAGUUUGAGGCAGUUCCAGUGUCUGCUAUCGCUCGCUUCUACCGCUUCUUGGGUGUCGCUGAACUGGGUCUGGAUCAUCCCGUCAAAGCAGCAAAGGCAUUUGCUAAGUCCUACAAGAUGGCGACUCUCCCCCCAACCCAGAACGGCUACAACACAGCGAGAUCAUGGAAAGAGCUCACAAAGGCUCAGCGCAAGUCUAGGCUAGACGCUCUUCACACUGCCCUUCCCAAGACGCCCCAUAUGAUGCCAGCAUUCCAAGCCUGGAAGGGUCCUCAAGUCCAGUCAGAACAUUGGGUCAUGCGCGAGCUUGGCUUUAAGGGUGAUAUACCUUACGCGGACAAGAUCACCGGUAUAUCUGGGAUAUACUUGACCACCAAAGCCCACCCCAAUCGUUCGCUUCCAGGACCACGUACGACCCGGCUCGGGGCCGUGAAGCCUAAAGUACUGAUGAAGGUUGUCGAGAGGCAUCGCGAGGAAGUGAACCAGCCAACUAUACCGGGCAUUGAGCUACUGAUGAUGUGGAUAGCUCUUGGACCGAACGAUCUCGGUGAGGAGAGUAUCCAUGAUGAUCCAGACACUGCAAAGAUGCUGGAGAAGAUGUCUCUUCGUGGCCCUGGAGGUUGUCCAACUCAGUGA